UCCCGGCAUAGGAUGACGAGGGAGGUCUGUGGUGUGCCGAGCGUUGUCCGGUGAGCAGCUCCCCCACAGGGCAGUAUCUUCCCAGACCGGCUGGAAGGCGGGAGUGUGGCGCAGACCCCCAUCUCCGGACAUCGACCAGGGACUCCGGGCUCUGAAGGCAACGAGGAGGCACAGACGGCAGAAGAGUGAGAGUCUUGAGAGGGACGUGUGAACAUGACGGAGAUCAGGUGCCCCCUCCUCUCCCUCCUGGUUAUCGUGGCAACCGUGUGUCUCCACGGCUCCGCGGCUCAGUCGAAAGAGUGCACCAAGACGGAGCUGGCAGACAUACUCUUCCUGGUCGACGGCUCCACCAGCAUCGAGGAAAGAAACUUUCAGAGCAUGCUGAAGUUCAUGAAGUCCAUCGUGAACGCGAGUACCGUCGGCGAGAAGGAGACGCGUUUUGGCGUCAUCCUUUACUCGGAUGAACCCAAGUCCGUCUUCACCCUCAACGAGUAUUCCUCCAAGGGGCAGGUGUUGGAGGCCAUCCAGGCCCUCCGGCUGCCCACCGGGAACACCUACACAGGCAGGGCCCUGGACUACACCCUGCAGUACUUUGAGGUGGAGCGCGGCGGGAGGCGGCUCUCCAAGGUGCCCCAGAUCCUCAUGGUGAUCACCGACGGCGAGGCUACAGACCCGGCCGAACUGAAGGCUCCGGCCGAGGCGCUGCGCGAGAAGGGAGUCAUCGUGUACAGCAUCGGCGUGAAGGGCGCCAACCAGAAGGAGCUGGGGACCAUCUCCGGGAACCCCACCCGGGUCUUCUUCGUGGACAACUUCAUCGACCUGGAAACCCUCUCCAAAGAGAUCUGCAUUGACACCCCUCCUGAGUGUAAGAAGCAGAAAGCUGACCUGGUGCUGCUGAUCGACCAGUCUCGAAGCAUCUCCGACGCUGACUACAGCCUCAUGAAGAACUUCACGAUCAGCCUGAUCAGGAGCUUCAACGUCAGCCAGGACCUGGUGCGUGUGGGCGUGGCCCAGUUCGACAGCGCCCCGCAGCACGAGUUCUACCUGAACCGGUUCGCCACGGAGGCGGAGGUCACCAAGCACAUCCUGGCCAUGGUGCAGCGGAACGGGCAAACCCAUAUCGGAGCGGCGCUGAAAUUCAUCAAGGGGUACUUCCAGAAGUCCACGGGGAGCCGCGUGGGGGCGGGCGUGUCCCAGAACCUGGUGCUGAUGACGGACGGCAAAUCGGCGGACGACGUGGGCCCUCCGGCCAAGGUGCUGCGUGGCAUGGGCAUUGAGACGUUUGUCAUCGGCAUCGGCGACAUAAACCAGCAGCAGCUGAAGGAGAUCGCAAACAAGCCCUUUACCGUUGAGAAUUUCAGCUCGCUGGCCAGCAUCAAGACGAAUGUGGUGAAGACCAUCUGCGACUCCGUGCCCCCCGAGUGUCAGAAGCGGAAAGCUGACCUGGUGCUGCUGAUCGACCAGUCUCGAAGCAUCUCCGACGCUGACUACAGCCUCAUGAAGAACUUCACGAUCAGCCUGAUCAGGAGCUUCAACGUCAGCCAGGACCUGGUGCGUGUGGGCGUGGCCCAGUUCGACAGCGCCCCGCAGCACGAGUUCUACCUGAACCGGUUCGCCACGGAGGCGGAGGUCACCAAGCACAUCCUGGCCAUGGUGCAGCGGAACGGGCAAACCCAUAUCGGAGCGGCGCUGAAAUUCAUCAAGGGGUACUUCCAGAAGUCCACGGGGAGCCGCGUGGGGGCGGGCGUGUCCCAGAACCUGGUGCUGAUGACGGACGGCAAAUCGGCGGACGACGUGGGCCCUCCGGCCAAGGUGCUGCGUGGCAUGGGCAUUGAGACGUUUGUCAUCGGCAUCGGCGACAUAAACCAGCAGCAGCUGAAGGAGAUCGCAAACAACCCCUUUACCGUUGAGAAUUUCAGCUCGCUGGCCAGCAUCAAGACGAAUGUGGUGAAGACCAUCUGCGACUCCGUGCCCCCCGGCCCUCCUCCUACUCCUCCUCCCUCAGACCCAGCCUGCAGUAUCGACGUGGCCGUGGGUUUCGACCUGCCCAGGCCCUCCGGGUCCCAGCUGCUGGUGGCCGGUCUCCCCCUACUCCGGGCCGCUCUGCCAGAGAUCCUCCGCUCUGCGGCCUCCAUCAAGGGCCUGUGCUGCGUCCGCCACGCCGUCACACCCAACUUCGCCUUCCGGCUGGUGGGCCGCGCCGGGCAACUCCUGGACGACGUUGGCUUCGAGCCGUUCAGCGAGGCGGUGCUGGAGAAGGUGCUGAAGCUGCGGACGUCGGAGCCCACCUACUUCAACACGGCCCUGCUCACCUCCUUCCAGGAGAAGUUCGCCACCCAGUCCAAGGCCAAGGCCAAGGUACUCAUCGUCUUCACAGACGGUCUGGAUGAAGAUGUGAGGAGGCUGAAGGAUCAGUCUGAUCGGCUGCGUCGUUCUGGGGUGAAUGCCCUGCUGGCGGUGGCGCUGGGCGGUGUGCGUGACUCCAGCCAGAUCCAGAUGGUGGAGUUCGGUCGCGGGUUUGGCUUCACGGUCCCGCUCAGUGUGGGCAUGCAGAGCGUGGGCAGCACCGUGCUCAGGCAGAUAGAAACGGUGGCCGACCGAGAGUGCUGUGAUGUCGCGUGUAAGUGUACGGGUCAUGAAGGUGGCCGAGGCAAGCCGGGAACCUCAGGUUCAAAGGGUGGUCCCGGACCUAAAGGUCAUCCAGGGUACCCAGGAGAUGAAGGCACUGCUGGCGAUCGAGGCCCUCUGGGGUUCAUGGGAGCCCAAGGCAGCCGUGGAUGCCAGGGGCCAAGAGGGCCGAAGGGCAAUCUAGGUCAGAGUGGCAACAAGGGUGAAGGAGGAGAUCAUGGAAUGGACGGAGACAAAGGAGAGCAGGGUACAGCGGGCUUGGCAGGAGCUCCGGGAGGGAAAGGAGAUCCCGGGAACGCGGGCAACACGGGGAUCACAGGAGAGGGAGGAGUCAAAGGACAACGCGGACUCAGAGGAGACCCGGGGGCCGCUGGCUCAGACAACUCAGUGGUGGGACCUAAAGGUGAUCCAGGGAACGCUGGCCUGCCGGGCGAUCCAGGGGUGGAAGGCGUGAACGGGGGGCUUGGCAUCGGGGGACAGGAGGGACCCAAAGGGAGACGGGGGCCCACGGGACCACCGGGUAUCAAUGGAGAGGGGGGCAGUAGAGGAGGAGCAGGCGACCCAGGUGCCUCCGGCCAGCGGGGACCCCAGGGGGUCAGAGGUCAGCCGGGCUUCAGAGGAGUCCAGGGACCUCCUGGAGCUCAGGGCAGGCCCGGAAACGAGGGACCAGGCGGUCUGGUUGGACGACGGGGAGCCAAUGGACAGAAGGGACAACCAGGCGACUCCGGGCCACAAGGGGGGGCCGGCCCCCUGGGGCCCAGAGGAAUUCCAGGGCAAGAUGGCAGAGAUGGGUCUGGAAUACCUGGAUCGAAAGGAACUAAGGGCCAUGCCGGUGUCCAUGGAAACCCUGGCGUUCCGGGGACAAUUGGAGUGAAGGGAGGCCCUGCAGGGCCGGGGCCCAAAGGAACCCCUGGCAGAGGGGGGGUCGCGGGACAUCCUGGAGAAUCGGGACAGGGGGGAGGACCAGGAAUCCCUGGACACAAGGGCCCCAGGGGACCCCCGGGGGACAGGAACAUGUCUGAGUGUGAGCUGAUCAACUACAUCCGAUCCAACUGUGUCUGCUGCCAAGGCUCCCCCUGCCCGGCCUCCCCCACUGAGCUGGUGUUCGGUCUGGACAUGUCCCAGGGCGUCACGCCGGCCGCCUUCGAGCGGACGCGCGGGGCCCUGCUGGCGCUGCUGGCGGGCGUCGACGUCGCCGAGAGCAACUGCCCCAAGGGGGCGCGCGUGGCCGUGGUGGGCUACAGCGCCCACACCAAGCACCUGGUCCGUUUCCAUGACUACCGCUCUAAGAAGCAGCUGCUGGAGCUGGUGCGGAACAUCGCCCUGGAGCGCACGAGCAACCGCCGCCGUCUGGGGGGCGCCAUGCGCUUCGUGGGCGCCCACGUGUUCAAGCGUGUGCGCCGGGGCCUGAGUGUGAGGAAGGUGGCUGUGUUCUUCAGCCACGGCCCGUCGCAGGACGGCGACGACAUCGUCACCGCGGUGAUGGAGUACCGCGCCCUCGACAUCGUCCCGGCCGUCCUGGCGCUCGAUCGGUGCGAGGAAACCCGGAAGGCGUUCGAGGCCGACCACACAGGCAGCUCUGUGUUCCUGACGCUCGGCCACUCCCAGAACCUCACCAGCGACCUGGAACCGGUCAAGAGAUGCGUCAUCUGCCACGACCCCUGCCGCCCUCAGGCGGGCUGCGUCAGUGGCCCCAGGGCCCCGGGCCCCCGGGUCCUGGACGUGGACCUGGCCCUGGUGGUGGACGGCUCAAGGGAGGUCCCGGCCCACCUCUACUCGGGUCUCCGGGAGCUGCUGGGUUCGGUGGUGGAGCAAGUGGCCGUCAGCGUCCAGCCAGGCCAGGCCGACGGCCGGGCCCGCGUGGCCCUGGUCCAGCAGAGCGGCCGGCUCCACUCUCAGGCCCCGGCGGCGGGCCCGCAGGCCGCCACGGUAGAGUUCGGUCUGCUGAGCGCCCUGGGGAACAGCCAGAUGAAGAGCCACCUGCUGGAGAGGAUGACCCAGAAGGGGGGCCCCUCGGCCCUGGGCCACACCCUGGAGUACGCCCUGAGGGAGGUGCUGCUGAGGGCCCCCAACCCCAGGAAGCACCGCGUGCUGCUGGUGGGGGUGGGGGCAAAGACCUCCAGCUGGGACCAGGACAAGCUCCGCCGGGUGGCGCUGGAGGCCAAGUGCCGGGGGGUGGCGGUGCUGGUGGUGGCCCUGGGGGACAGCUACAGCCAGGAGCAGGUGGCCGAGCUGGCCAGCGGCCCCCUGAAGCAGCACCUCCUCUGCCUGGGCGGCCUGGGCCCCGAGGAGCAGGGCUACGCCCGGCGCUUCAUCGCCACCUGGCUCUCCGUGCUCAGGGAUGGGCUGAACACGUACCCCCCGGCCUCUCUGAAGAAGUCUUGUGAACUGCUCCACGACAUAGAAAGACGGGUUGAGCAGGUGCCUGUGGACCCGUGGGAGGAGCAGAGCGGGAGCAGCCCUGACACAACUCUGCAGGACCAGGCCGACCCCGGCUGGUCCGUGCUCAGCGCAGACGCAGGGCUCUUCCUGAGAGCCACGCCCGAUGCCCGGUGUCAGCUGGCUCAAGACUCUGGUUCCCACUGCUCUCACUAUGUCCAGCGCUGGUUCUAUGACCGCGUCCUGGGGGCCUGCGCACACUUCUGGUACGGCGGCUGCGGCGGCAACGAUAACCGCUUUGACACGGAGCGCGAAUGUCGCAAGACAUGUGUCACUAAGAUUGAUUCCUCUCUACUGGGACCGAGUCAAAGCAGGACUCACAGAAAGGCCAGCUGCUCCCUGGGCCAGGAGAUGGGGCCGUGUCAGGACUACUCGAUGUACUGGGCCUUCGACGCGCAGCGGAGAGAGUGUACUCGCUUCUGGUAUGGCGGCUGCGGCGGGAACAGCAACCGCUUCGCCACGCGAGAGGACUGUGAGGGACUCUGUCUGAACCGGCGUGGGUAGAGCCGCGCGACCACGGCGUCUGAACCCCCCCCCCCCCCCCCCCCCCCCUCAGCCAAAGAUGACCUCCAAUGGUCGUAGCUUCACAUCGGCCCAUGAAAAGAUGUCUAUGUCUAAAUGUCUACAUUUAUCGUUUUGUAUCUUGUUGUGAAUCCAUAAUCUCACUCCUCCACCCAACAUGAGUGCUUCCUACCGUCUACCAUCCUGCCGUCUGAGCGUGUGCGGUCUCAGAAGUGUUCCUCCCUGGGUCUAAACGGGUCUCGUGACCGGCCGGACAGACCCAGAGCCUCUAUUCCUCUUCCAGAGGACCCCGCGAGGCCCCGGUCUGGGGGUCCCCUUCAGGCUCUGGCGGUGUGGACGACGGUGUGAGGAUCACCCCCAUCACAUCGUCCAUUCAACCAUGCACUGGUGCUACGUGUUAAUAAAAAAAGUAUGGAAUCCUG